CAAAUAAAAUAGGAUCAGUUAAUUAAUGAAAUGAUUUCUAUAUCGACUUCUAGAGGUUGUGAUCUAUAAUCCACGCAACAUGGCGUUUCCUAAGCUUCGGGAGUUUAUGGGAGAGGUGAAGAAAUUCCUGGACACAGGUGUAAAGCCUUUCCAAAUGUCAUCCAUCCUACCACGAGGAGCUAAGAGGGAGCUAGACGGUGCGGUGCCCAUGAUUUCAGGCUUCAGACCCUCCAAGGUGUACUACAUGUUUGCUGUUCUGAGUUUCGCUGAUCUUGGGAGUUGGGAUGAAGUGAAAACGCAUGGUCCUCAGGCUCUUGAAGAGUUCCGUCACUUCAUGGAAGAAUUAUCUACAGACGAGAGGAAUAAACCACCAAUCUCAUUACCACCAAAAGAAACAAUCAUUACCCAGGACUUUCCACAGCAGAGUUCAGCUAGAUUUCAUACCUCAAAUGAAAACAUGCAAUAUUACUCACCGAGAAGUCCCGAAGAAAAUACUCGUGCACCCUCUAGACCAUCUCAGAGACGAUCACAUGAUGAUAGUGGUAACAAUGAGAGCCAGAAGGUGUCUUCAAGACCUUCACCAUCAAAACCUUCUCAGAGAACAUCUCAUGAGAAUAGCAAACGGAGCUCAUUAGGGCAAUAUCAAGAAAAUGGUCAGGAUAACGACGUACUGAAGAAUGACAUUGCGAACUCUAUCAGCAAACUAAGGCAAGAAAUAGGCAGUCUGAAGGAUAGACUUUCAGAAGAACUCAGUCAACAAGACGUCGGUAAUACCCCAACAGCAAAUAUCCCCCCACUGAACACAAAAUCCCCUCGGAGUUCUCGUAUUGAUGACGUCACAGACAAAUUAGCAGAAGCUUUUUCUGGACUUUUUCACGAUCAGUGGUUGGGCGCUCUAAAAGAAAGAAAUAAUGGCCAAGGACAUUCGGAAAAGGACUUAAUUUAUUUGGCAGAUGUCACUAAGAAAUGUCAGAAUUACUUGGAUGAUAUUUGUGAAAGAGAAUUCACUCACCUAUCUGAAAUUAUACUCAAACCCAUGGGUGAAAAGGAUUCUCAGUAUGUCCAUAUAUCAGAAGAUCUGAGAGCCCUUGCUAGAACUAGAUGUAGACAGAUACAAAGAGACACGAUGCCUAUUUCACUUCCGGUUAUCAAGGAGGUUGUUAUUCGAGACAAAAUAUCCGAGGCCCAGAAAAACCCAGCAUUGAAGAGAUUCGUGGAAAGGUGUGUAGAACUGUUGUGGAUGUUUGCAAUUCAUGAUCCGCCCCUGGAAUUAGAGUGGGCCCGGGCGGGAGAUACGAUGGGCAGUCAUCUUCAGUCAUAUUCUGACACAGGGAAUAGGGUGGGGUUUAAUGUAUGGCCGACAUUACGGCAAUUCAGAAACGGUCCUGUAUUGUGUAAAGGUGUUGUUCAAAUGGUAUAUUAAUGAUUUUUCUCUCUUAUUGUAAUUCAUGUUAUAGUUUUUGUUUAAUAAAUAAUUUUGCAAGAUUA